GUCCAGGAUCACCUUCGCGGCACACACUGAGCCAUCCAUGACGAGACGUGGACGACCUGAUAUUUUGGGCGCAUAAGUGGCUUCUUUUUUUUUUUUUUUAACCUCCAUUGUAAUUCCAACUUUUUGAGCACACGCUGGACUAACUGGAAUUAAGGACUAUUGUGUUCAGUGCAGCUUUAUGGAAUAAAACGUUUUCAAAAUGCUACUAGAUAUAAAGCACAUCCUUUGGUUACUUUGUCUGUGUGAAGCUGCGACUGCAACAGCUUCUAGCUCCUUAUCCAUCACCAAGCCUGUGACGGGGUCCCUCUCGGGGAAGGUCACGCUUCCGUGCUUCUUUUCUCCCAUCCCAACGACGGCACCAACCAUUGGGCCGAAUGGAACUGCGACUCCUUCAAACGAUUACCUUCGGAUCAAGUGGACCAAAAUAGAUGGCAAUUAUGAGUCGACCGUGUUGGUGGCACAGUCCGGCGUCAUCAAGAUCAUCUCCAGCUACAGGAACCGUGUGUCCGUGCCAAGUCACCCUGAGAUUGUGGGCGACGCCUCGCUGACCAUGGUCAAGUUGAGAGCCAGUGAUGCCGGCACUUAUCGCUGUGAGGUCAUGUACGGCAUCGAGGACACUCGGGACACAGUGGAUCUUGACGUCAACGGUGUGGUCUUUCACUACCGUGCGAACACCAGCCGAUACACUCUGGACUACCAGAAGGCGGUGGAUGCCUGCCAUAAUAUCGGUGCUUCGAUCGCUACUUUUGACCAGCUCAGGGCCGCGUAUGAGGAUGGAUUCGAUCAGUGUGACGCUGGAUGGAUUGCGGAUGGUACAGUGAGAUAUCCCAUCACAAAGCCGCGGACAGGCUGCUUCGGCAACCUGAAGUACAAACCUGGCGUUCGUUCGUACGGCACCAGGAAGCUGACGGAGACAUAUGAUGUGUACUGCUACGCAGACACACUUCAGGGUGAGGUGUACUACGCUCCAGUUACACAGAAGAUGACGUUUGAAGAGGCCAGGAAAGAAUGCAUGAGGAGGAACGCUGUCUUGGCUUCUCCCGGGCAGCUCCAUGCUGCCUGGAGACAAGGGCUCGACCGGUGCGAUUAUGGCUGGCUUUCGGACGGCAGCGCACGACACCCGGUUGCAGUCCCGAGGAUCCAGUGUGGUGGAGGCCUCCUCGGUGUCCGGACCAUGUAUCGCUAUAGGAACCAGACCGGCUUCCCACCACCAACGACAAAACUAGGAGCAUACUGUUUUAAAGAGAGAAGAGCUCUCAUGAACCAGACAUCGUUUGUGGAUCUUCUCCUCACAUCAACCACCAGCGUCUCCUCUGUGGAGAGUAGUACUACUGAACAUGACCCUACUACUGCACCAAAAGAAGAAGUUAAACCUCAAGACACCGUUCCCACAAACCCUCCCUCCAUGUUCUCCACGAGUAUGUCUCCGCCCCGUCCCACUGUGUCUGGUAAAGAAGAGGCUUUCAUCACCACAGUUGCACCUGCGCUGAAGGACGACGAUGAUCUCACAACUUCACCAGUCUUCAGCCUCGAUGACUUUGAGGUGACCCAUUCUGAGCCUGCCUCGCAACGUGGUGACACUUUCCCAGAACCACAAAACCCCACAGAAACCCCAGAGCCGUGCGAGGAAACGGAUGACAACUUGGAGAUUGAGAUCAGCACGAUAAAGCCAGAUGUUCCCAUACCUGAUGCUUCUUUAAGCACAGAGCCAAUGUUUGCCGAAGGAAAAACAGAGGAGACUAUUGUGGAUCCUGGAGUCACUGGAACGGAAUCGACUGAACCAGCAAGUGAGGAGGUGUUCGGACCUGAAGACGCAACACCUUCACCUGACAUGACAGACUCAACACCUCCAGAUUACAUUGACGAAAUAGAGGUUGACUAUGGCGUUGAGGCGCUGCCCCCUGGAGAGUCUCUACCAGAGGAGACAACAUCGAUUCCUGUGACUGAGGCUCCUGUCACGACCACCACCUUCAUAUGUGACACCAAACCUGGAAGUGAGAGUGAGAUCCCCACAGCUGAACCAUCAGAAACAGCCAGCGCUGAAUCUAAAAACAGAGAGACCUCCGCUGCAACAGGCGCCCCUGCCAUCCUGGACAGUGGAACGUCUGCAGAAGAAGUGUCAACUAGCAACAUCUUUGAUGAAUCCACAACACACCUGGCAGAGCAUAGUGGCGAGUCUGUCAUCGCGGUGGACGUGACGCCUUCAGAGAUUGAGCCGGAGUUCUUCACAUCCGCUCCAAUGGUCUUGGCUGUGGAGAGUGCGGCUGCUGGAGUCACUAAUGCACCGGCCCGGCGUGAGACAACUGCAGGCAGACAGCAGAAUCUAACAGUUGACCAGGCCCUGCCACAUGAGGAGUCCCAGACUCCUGACAUUCCAGUGGUCCCUGACCAUCCUACCCCUUCCAUCGCAGACGGUGAGCCAAUCUUCCAAAGUGGCAAGCCUCACAUCUUCUCAUCAACUACUGUAACCAUCUCACCAACCGUUGGGUACAUCAAUGGAAAGACUGAGGUCACGCUGGACUCUCGGAGCUCUCACGAAGAAGAGGCCCAAGGUACCCAAGUAUUAACAAACGUAACAUCAUCAGGGGUGACUGCAGAUGCUCCCGACAGUAGCUCACCGCUCGGUUACUCUUACCCUGGCACCAUGGUUGAGUCAGUGCCUCCUCAGACCGAGCCAAAUGAGCUGAACACAGUAGCCUCCCUGCUGGAUGUGACGUACAAUCUGACCACAGGUGUUGGCACUGAUUCAUCCGCUGCAAUCACAAACCAAAGUCAAGAUGUCACAUCUACUUCUUCUGAUUUGGUGACUUCACAAGCGGAACAGAUUACUGCUGACAGGUCUGAAAAAGCUGAUAAAGGAACAACUGACACCAUGUUGUCCGCGGCACAAAGGUUAAGUGAGUCAACGGCGAUUCCCACACGUGAAAAGAGUGAGUCAGAAACGACUCCACACAGUCCCAGCGCUUCACAGUCAGAGGACGCACACAGCACAUCUGCUCCUCCAGCUGCAGCACAUGUCACUCAGUCGACUUUAAAGGCCACGCACACUCCCUCACCUAAUGACGUUGAUGGGAAAACACCAACAUCAACAAGUGCUCACACACACACUCCUUCUCAGCAUGUGGACGAUGGAAAAGAGGCCCGAGCCUCAGAGGAAUUCACUCUCAACACAAGUGCUCCGUUAGCAAUUAGCUCAAGUGCUGCUGUGCCGACCACCACGAGAGAGAUAACAUCACAUGUGGAUGCCAGUAGCUCUGAAUCAUCCCUGUCUGUUUCCUCUCCAUCGUCUGAGUCAAGAGAAAGCAGUGUGGCGAGUCAGACUGAGGGCAAACCCGGCCAGGAGCCGUCCUCUGAAGAAGAGGGCUCAGUGGUCCCCACAGCCAACAUCUUCACUGAAAUCCCUGGAGCUCCGUCCUCUGUUGCGAGCCAAACUCAUGCAGCUGUUGAUGCAACAAGUGAGAGCGAGAUCAGAGUUUUACCAUCUGGUGUUGGAACCCCUGAGCAAGAAGAAUCAGAGGCUCAUGAAUCCCCUGCCACCGCUGGAUCUCCACUUUACAGCGCUAUUGAGAUCCUCCGAACGACAAUGGCACCAAUCAUUGAUAUCUUCACAAGUUCACCGAGUGCAGAACAAACCAUCGACACUAGUGAAGUGAUGGACACAUCAGUAGAAAGUGACUCACUACCUGAUCUGUCACCUGAAACACCAGCUUUGGAAACCAAUCCCCCCACCGUCUCUCUUGAAACACAGAGGCCAACUGGGGAAGAGGCUCCAACCGAAACAUCUCCAGGCUCCACAGAGAGAACCAAAGCUAACAUUCUGAUUGACGCAGAAGGUUCAGGUUUCGCAGAUACAUCCACACAGACACCGUUCAUUCCUGAUGCACCGUCUCGCCCAGUUGCCCCGACUAUUAAAAUACCCACACUUUCUCCUAACACCGAUGGCAUAACAACGACCAUCACCAUCAAAGCUUCCCAAACUCAAGAGUCUGCAGUGGCUGGAUCUACCACAUCGCUCUCUUUCAUCACUGACGGCGGGAAUGUGAUUAAAGGAACUGAUCCUCCGCAGACAGUCGCUGGCACAAUUUUGUCGAGUCAGCCCAUUUCGGCCAUUACAUCGGCAUCAGUCCCCAGUCUCCCACAAACGGAUGAAAAGGUCUUCAGUGAACAAACAUCUAAAAUGCCCGGCAAACAGUCUGUUCCUCCCACAUCCUCCUCGCUCCUCGACGGAGAUAAACAAACACCCAAAUCUUCUGAAACACAAGAGGCUUUUCAAACAAAUCAGACUGAGGAGGCAUCAUUCACACAAACUCUCUCUUCUCUGUUGACUACAGAGGCCCCAGCUGUGACAAGUUUACAUCAAAAGGAAAGAGGAGACGCUUUGAAUGCGAAUGUAACAAAUUACCCCUCACUCCCAGAAACAGACGACAGACCAACGCCGAUGCCAUUUGAAACCACAAGCCAGAAAGAGGAAGCAUCAAGUCCAUGGGCGACCUCGUCUUCCUUGCAAGCGGAUGUCAAAUAUUCAAGUCAGCAAACAGAAGCAACACCUCACGGAGAUACAGCGAUCUCGAGCACCUCGAAGCCUGAACUUGAAGAGGAUGCCUCAGGCCAGACCUUUUUUGGAGCCACCACUCAAUCCAGCCUUCAAGCAACGUCCUCAGUUGUUGCCUCAACAAUGACACUGCAACCUGAUUCUAGACCGUCGCUUGGGUUCCACUACGAUGAAGGUUCAGGUUUUAGCGAAAGCUCUACUGGGGAAUCUGUCAUUUCAACAUCUACUGUCACUUCCGUACCAGAAAGUCCAUCAGUAUCAGGGUCUCAUGAAGAGACCUCGACUUUACCAAGUAAAAGUUCUGCUAUGCCAACUCAGGAUAAAGAAAGCACUGAUGACCAAACCGAAAACAGCAAAGCAGGUCCCACAGUUUCCUCACUGUUCAGCCCCAAAACAACAACACCAGUCAGUAAAGACAAGGACACUGUCGUGAUAGGUUCCUCGCUCGACACCGUGACCCCAGUGUCGCAAGCUACAGCCACAGACAGUGCUGUAAGGGAAGAAACUCAAAACACACCAAUUUCUGAAGAGCCAUCCACUUCUCCAACACAACUCUAUGUGAAGUCAGACAUUUCUCCAACUGGUGUAGACACUGGUGAUGACGUGAUGAUCAGUGGCACCACAGUAUUGGAGUCCAGUCCAUCUUUUAAUGUCUCCACUGUGAAGUCUUCCAGCAUAGUCGCAGUGACUCCCAGUGAUAUGACUGGUGAUUUACGUGAGGAAUCAGUCACUGUAGCAACAUCUUCACUGACUGUAACAACGACGCUACCACUUCAGUCUGAAACCACGGAUCGUAUAAUGGAAGUGUCGACCACUUCAGAUCAACCAAAAACACAUCCAGAUGAAGCGACAAGUCCAACUUCUCCAGCCUCUUCUCUGGUCAGUACUGAGAAACCAACUGCCCAACAUCAGACUAUUACCCCACAACAGAUUGUUACUCCCAAAACCUUGGUCACAGUGGAUGAAGAGGCCUCCGGGGACCAAACACUGCAAAUGGUCAUUCAGACAUUUCCUCCUGUUCAGGGUGACACGACAGAAUUCUCAACUGCAGAACCUCUCACCGUGACUCAUAGUGAAACUGUAAGUGUUGCAACACUGUCAGCCUCAGAAGAGCCGGUGCCCACUCUUAUUGAUGAGGACGGUAUAAGCACUGAUGCCACCAUGGUAGAGUCCAGUCCAUCAUUUGGCGAAUCAGCCCUCAAGCCUGGAGUCGAAUAUUUGUUUACAACUAUUGAUUCAGAAGGUUCUGGAGUUCAUCCUGAUGAUUUCACGAUGGAUUCCGUUGUCAAAGCAACUACUGCUUCUUCAGUAUUCACAACCAAAUCCCCAUCUUUCACUACAAUGGAUCAAAGAGAGUCAGUAACGUCUCUAAAGACAACUGUAGCAACGUCACUUCGUAGCACUGAGAAACCAGCGUCUGAGUCCAUGGAGUCACAAAAAGCCACAACCAAAAGCCAGACUGAAGAUGUAACACUUAAAGCGGAAACUACUCCUGGUUCUUCAAUGUUCAGCACAGAAAAGCAAACAGCACCAGCAGCUGAAAAAAUGCAAAGUACCACUGACAAGACAAAGUCAAACUCAGUCGUGUCUGUAUUGGAAGAAGGUGGUUCAGGAGACCAACCCCAAACCUCUGCUGGCCCGUCUCCAUCAUCUGUCUCCCUCACCAGGGCUCCUUCAUCUGUGUCUCCAUAUUCUUUCCCAGAGACUGAUGCUACUGAGGCACCAACAAAACAGCCAAGUCCAGCAGCAACAGUAACUGUGGCAUCUUCGCUGCGUAGCACAGAGAAACCAACACCCGAGUCCGAGGCCUCACAAGCUACAACCAUUCGGGAUGAGUCCUCAUUUAAAGCAGAAACCGCUGCUUUGUUCAGCACUGAAAGCCCAACAUCAGUAGUGGAAAAGCAAAGUUCUGUCCCAGCACCAGUGUCUCCAGACAACACUGAGGCAAGCAAAGCUCCAUUGGAAGAAGAUGGCUCUGGUGAUCUUGUGUUUUCACUCACCUCAACCCCCUCCUCAUCAUCUGUCUACAUCACCAAGGCACCAACAGGUACAUCGACUGUUUUCCGCUACACUCCAGGAGCAGACAGCAAGCUGUCUGAUGCUGAUACAGUAAUGCAGGCGUCAACUCCAUCCUUAAAAGUUACUGGAGCAUCAUCACUCUAUAGCACUGAGAAACCAACACUUGCUCCUCUUGAAACCCCAAAAGCCGCAACCACUUCUUCUUCAUUGUUCAGCACUGAGAAGUCAACAGCACCAUCAGAUGAAGGAAAGCCAAGUCCAGUUCCAGAGCUAGCUUCUACUGUCAGUGCUUGGCCGAGCUCUGUCUUACCUCAUCUGGAAGAAGGUGGCUCAGGAGACCAAACCCAAGAUCUGUUUACUCAAACUGAGCCAUCCCCAGCAUCUGUAAAUGUCUACACAACAGUGCCAUCAUCAAUACACAGCACAGAGAAGCCAGCAACUGCAUUUUUGACCACCAAAGACCAGUCUGAAGUGGAAGCUACAACAUCUGCCACUUUGUUGUCCAGCACUGAAAAGCCCACACUACCAUCCGUUCAUGAACAAAGUUCUGCCCCCGAGCCAAUUUCUACUGACAGCACCAGCUCUGCCCUACCUUUAUUGGAAGAAGGGGGCUCGGGUGAGCAAAAUUUGUUUGCUCAAACAUCAGCUAGCCCGUCUCUGUCAUCUGUCUUCAUCACCGGGGCACCUCCAUCUGUGUCGCCGCACUCACUAUCAGGCACUGACAGCAAGGUUUAUGCUGGUGAGGCAACAACUCACUCCUCUGAGGCAACAGCAACUGCAGCAUCUUCCCUACGUUCCACAGAGAAACCAACGCUUGAGUCACAAGCUACAACCACAGGCCAGACUGAAGAGUCAUCAUUGAAAUCAGAACCUACUCCCUCAGCGUCGUCAUUGUACAGCACUGAAAAGCCCAAAACGCCAUCAUCGACGUCAACUUCUGUCAUACCACAACUUGAAGAAGAUGGCUCAGGUGAUCAACCACCUCAUUUGUUGACUCAGUUACCAACUGACUUCUCCGUCACCAAGGCACCACCUGUUUCCCCAGAAUAUUUAGAAAACAGUUCAACGCAACAAAGCAAUCCAACUCCGUCCCUGUCUGCCACAGAGAAACCCACAACUGUGGCCACCGAGAAAGUGGAUACUACCCCAGCCAUUUCUGUGAAACACCCCUCUCCUGAAUCACCAAUUUCUGAUAAGACACGAAUCAGUGCCGGGACAAUGAAUCCCAGUUUGUCUGAGGCGAUAUCUACAACUGAUGAUGAUGAUGAUGAUGUCAUAAGUAGUGACAUGAUGAUGGUUGAAUCCAGCCCAUCCUUCACUGAAUCAGUGCUGACCACCAAUACAGAACCUACUGGAGACAGCACCAAUGAUUUCAGCAGAGAAUCGCUCAUUUCUGUCACGACUAAAGCUCCAGUAUCACAGCAACCCCACUCAACGUACACUGUGAAGCCGGCCAUCACUGUAGCUUCCUCACUCUAUAGCACUGAGAGCCAAACACGGAUCACAUCAGGAGAUGAGAAGGAAGACAAUAUUCUUUCUGGGCGUGAUGAUGUGAGUUCAGGUGAGGGAGCCACUGAAGGCUACAGCAAACACACUACUGUUCCGACAGCCACCUCAGUGUUCAGCACUGAGAAGCCAACAACAUUGCCCAUCACUGUAGAGACUAUUUCCAUCUCCGAACAAACUGACAAAGUUGAGAUCUUCUCUACGGAUGAGGAUGGUUCAGGAGAUAAGCCUCAAGAUAUGGUAACUCAGUCUUAUGUCACCACAGCAGCAGCAUCUCUGUCCAGCACUGACGUGACCAGAGCCCAGACAGGCUGGCCUUCUGUUCCAGAAACUACGGAUGAAAGUGUGAAAACACAAUCCAGCGACUUAGACUCCACCCACACUGUUAGUCCACCACUGGAGGUUGAAGCCAAGUCAGAGAAAACUACCGCAAGUACUGGCAGGCUGGGAUACGUGUUUGAAGGAGAGUCUGAAAGGACAACAUACCCUGAUCCAAAGUCAGUGACGCCAUCGUACGACACACUUGAGGUGGCGUCUAUUGAGCCUACACCUGACAAGCAAAGCUCAAGUGAUCGGACAAUUCAAUCUAUCACAACAGCCCCCCAAAUCUCUUCCUUUUUUAGCACUGAAAAGCCGACAGUGUAUCCUGUCAAGACCGAGGUCAGUUCUGUCCUGACUUCAUCAGAUCAGGAUGGCUCUGGGGACUUCUUCAUAGAGUCAGCCUCCACGCCAACAUCCCAUUACAGCACCGACAAACCUCAGACAACUACACUCCCAUACAGCAUGACUGAAGCCUCUGGAGAUGGCGAUGAGGUCACUGAGGUGUCACUCAACAUAUCAACAACAUCUAGUAGUAUCUUGUCUUCUGUCACAUCUUCAUACGAGACCAUUACUGCAGAGACACCUUCUUCUCUGAGCACGCAGGGUGAUGAAGUCACAGCGUCUCCCACCGGCUCCUCACUGUUCAGCACAGAAAAACCAACCAAACAGCCAGUCAGUGAAAAGGAAUCUUCCCCCACUUUGCUGGACCUAGAUGGCUCAGGUGACCAACCCGAAGACAUGUUCACUCAGACUCCCUCGAUCAAAGGAGAAGCCAAAGAAUUUGUUACAGAGUCAACUAUCAGGGCAACUGAGUCAGUGGCCACGAAGGAAAUUCCUACUGCCAUCGAUCAGUCAGAGACCAGUUCAGUCCCAGUGCUUGUGGAGGAGGAUGGCUCAGGAGUCACUCCGAUCUCAACCUCAACAGCAUCUUCUCUGGCCAGCACUGCAGCAACACCAGUGGUGAUCCACGUGGUAUCAUCUGCUGUGACUGUAGAACAAACUGCCGCGCCUGAAUCAACCUUGAAACCCACAUCGUCAUCGUCUUUAUUUCCCAUCACUUCAGAUACUGAAGGUUCUGGUGAGGAGGAUGAUUCAACUGCAGAUGCAUACAUCUCAUUAUUUUCAACGACUCAGUCCACUCUGAAAAGUGUUGAAACAACUCCCGGGCAAACGCUACAGACAUUAUCUGUGACUGCAGCAUCUUCUCUCUACAGCACUGAAAAAUCCACGCUGUCUCCUCACUCACAGGAUGCUGUAUCCAUGCAGGUUGAGGAUGCUUCAGUUACACAUGUUUCAGUGGAAGAAAGCAAACUAACUGUGCGCCCUACUGGCUCCUCCUUGUUCAGCACAGAGAAACCAACACCAAUGCCCACUGAAAGCAAACCAAGUCCAGGCUCAGAUGCUCUCACUGCAGAAGAGGAAGAUGGCUCUGGAGACUUGUUUACCGCCACCUCGUCUUCCACCCCUUUGUCUUCCCUGUACAGCACGAAGGCACCUACACAAAUGUUACCUGUUACCCUGACUUCCCAGUCUACUGCCUCUCUGCCUGUAUCAACAAGAAAACCUGCAACAACCGCACCUCUUUUCGGCACCAUCGAGAGCUCAGGAGAUGGUGAUGUGGAUUCUAUUUCUCCGACCACACCUGAGACCAAGGAAGCUGGAGUGACACUUGAGGAGGAAAGCUCUGGGGAACAGAUGAGAGCGACGCCAUCAGGGACUGCAGCAUCUUCUCUGUACAGUACUGAAGACACACCACACUCGCAGGAGGCAGCAUCCAUGAUGUAUGUUGAGGAUGGUACAGUAACAUCUGAUCCAAGUUCUGGCACUAGCAAACAUACUGUCCGUCCUACUGGCUCCUCAUUGUACAGCACAGAGAAACCAACACAGACACCAACUGUGGGCUUCACUGCUGAGGAGGAGGAUGGUUCUGGAGACUUAUCAGAAGAUAUGGCUACCUCCACCUCCGCCACACCUUUGUCUUCUCUGUACAGCACACAAGCUCCCACACACAUGUUGCCUGUGACACUGACAUCUGAGUCGACUGCCUCUCUCUCCGCAACCACGAGAAAACCUGCUACAACUGCAUCUCUUUUCGGUACUGUUGAGUCAGACAGCUCAGGAGAUGGUGAUGUGGAUUCCAUUUCUCCGACCACACCUGAGCCCAAGGAAGCAGUUGAGGAGGAAAGCUCUGGGGAACAGAUGAGAGAAACACCAUCCAUGACUGCAGCAUCUUCUCUGUACAGUUCUGAAGAAACAUCACCUACAUCCACAGUGGAAACUGAGGAGGCUUCGGUUACAUCUGAGCCACGUUCUAGCGCUGUUACAGUGGGACAGAGGAAACAGACUGUCCGUCCUACUGGCUCCUCAUUGUUCAGCACAGAGAAACCAACACCCAUGCCACAGGCUGGUUUUACUGGAAACGAGGAAGACGGAUCUGGAGACUCAACCCAGAACAUGUUUACAUCAGCCUCACCUGCCACAGCUGUGCCUUCUCUUUACGAUGCUCAAGCAACCACACAAAUGUUACCUGCCACGUCGUCCACUCUUCGCUCUGCAGCGACAGGUAAAUUUACUUCCCCUGCCCCACUUUUCAGUACUGAUUCUGACAGUUCUGGGGAUGGUGAGGAUGUUACUGCAAAAUAUAUUUCACCCACCUCCUCCGCUUCGACCUCUACUAUUUCACUUACUACUGAUGAAGAACGUCCAGAUGAGCAGUCCACUCAAAUGCCCAGCAGAGCUGCUGCUGUUCCCACAGGUUCAUCACUGUUUAGCACAGUCACUGCGACAGCCUCUGCAGGAACAACACAAGAAACUCCAGUGGCAACUGUGACUCAGGGCUCAUCACUCUUCAGUACGGAGAAACCCACUCUGGUGCCAACAGUUGAAUCAUUUUCCUCGAUCAGCAAAUCCACUGUCAAACCAGGAACAACAUCAAUGUUCUCAGCCACAGAACUGGAGAGUUCAGGGGAUUCCACUGAAGACUCUUUCAUUCCAACGACUGUUGCAGUUGUGGUGAUAGAAGCCGAGGAAGAAGACGGCUCAGGAGACCAAACACACACUGGUCAAACCACUUCAACCAGAGCUAUGUUUUCUCAGACCACUUCUGAGGCUCCAAAAGUGGCAUCAUCUACCAGGCUUUCCUCGACUUCACCAACAUCUUUUGAAUCAACUUCCAUUUUGGAGGAAGACAUAGAUGUUGAUGAAAUGAGCAAUCAGACAUCAAUGGUGGAAUCUGUCCCAUUUCCACGUGGAUCCACGGUUGCUAGCGAAACAGAAAGCUCUGGCGAUUCUACUGACUUUUCGUUGAGUGAACCAACGACUGUGUCGUCGCCGAUAAGAGCAACUACAGAAGGAUAUCUGAGAGAACAGUUAACCAAGUCCACUACUGCUCCUGUUACACACCAGGAAACACUGAGCACAGUUCAAGCAACAACAAUCCAAAUGAUCCAAGAAUUUGAAACAGGGUCCGGGUUUUUAACCAAAGAAGAAAGCUCAAGUCAACCGACAGAGAUUUUGACAGAAGAAUCAUCUCUCUUGACUUUUGCACCUACCGAGAAGACGGAGGCCACAAGCAGCCAGUCUGCCAUAGUCAUCGGCAGUUCAGACAUUUCUACAACCUCUGCAAGUUUCAUCAGUUCGUCCAUUCAGAUUAUUGAUGGAGCAGAGCUGUUCGAUCAAACAACCUCCUCGACUACACAAGUACCAGUUAUCAUCGAGACCUCAACAGUCAUUGCGCUCACUGAUCACGAGGAGGGUUCUGGGGAGCAGAACUUACCUGUGACACAUUCGUCUCCUAGCGCUCGACCCACCGAGGAGGAAAAACCCACCUCUGAUUUCCUGAGAUCAACUGGAAAGCCAACAGCGAUGGCAUUGUUCCCAGAAGAAGAGGGUUCAGCCGAUGUCACCGGUGAUCCAUCCUCAUCGUUCUUCACUGCUACAACAGCAAGCACAGCCAUCGACACAUCAGUAUCACCAAGUGUCUCUGUUACUGAGGGGAAGAGCAUCAACGAUAAUUCUACAGAUGAAACCCCACUAGACCCCCCAAAUGUUAGUGAACAAAUCACAGAGGCUGGAACAACAAUGACUUCAACUACAAAGGGACCGAAUGAAAGUUCAAGUGUGGAGAAUUUGUCUCCAGCUACCAGCAGCCCCCACUUGUUUGAGACGUCGCAGCCCAUUGCUGUCUCCAUUCUGGUCCCCUCAAAAGAAAGCUCGACUUACAUUGACAUGGAGAUCUCAGGAAGCUCACCUGUAGAUGAUUUGGAGAUAAGUGCUGAUGGCUCUGGUGAUGACAUGACCACCAGCUCUGUAACAGCAAAACCCUCUCAACAUGCUGUGGCAACAGAUGAGUCCGAGAGAGACGACAGCGGUACCUCAACUGAGUCCCCGACGCACAUUUCUAAAACCUCAUCUGCAGAGCCCAUGACCACUGAAUCAUACACCGACAAACAAGGAAGUGGGGACACCAUUGAUGAUUUAGAAGAGGAAGGUUCUGGAACAGACUUUAUUAAAAGUCCAGCAACACGGUCCCCUAAGACAAUGGCUUCCCCCAGCCCAACUACCGUAGUAGCUGAUACACAAACUACUAUUUCACCCAUGGCUGUUCAUGUCUCUGAGGGAGACUUUGAUGCCCAAACGCAUGAGAAGUACAGCACUCCAUCUCUUUCUCCUCACAGCAUUCUGGAAGCCUCCACCAAACCUGAGGACAUUCACACUUCAACAGUGCAGAGGAACGUAAGUUCACUUGAUGCUAGCAUCUUUCUGACAACAGAGGACGGUUCAGGAGACGAACUGGUUCCUACUUCAGCUUCUGCAAUGACUCAAUCCACAUCAGCAACUUUACAAGCCGACACUGAGGCUGGGACAAAGACUUUAGCAUCUUCCCUAUUUAGCACAGAAAAACCCAGAACAACACAGCGCACACUUGUUGCUUCUGAUGUUUACAGUACAGAGAAACCUAUCACUGUAUCUUCUAGCACCACUCAUGUGGACAGUGACAGGAUGACCACAAGUCCUAUGUUGACUGAGACAGAGGACGUCAGAAAUAAAACCACAACCUUACCAUCAAUGGAGAGUGUGACCUAUAGAGAAGCAGCUGGAGAGACGGAGUCAUUUGUCUCGGUCCCAUCUAGACAGGGGGGUGAUGGAACCCUACAAAGAGUUACCCCAUCUUCUUCUGCACUGACCUCUGGUACAGAUGGAAAUACUGGCCGCACAACCAAAUCUCCAUCCCGAGACGUUCCAAGUAGCCAUGUUAAACAAGACGACUCAGCAGUUGGCUCAACUCCUGUGACGCCCAUUGUGUAUCACAAUAUAACUGAGCAGCAGGUUGUCAUCGUUACUCCCAGCAGCCAAGUCACUAGUCAUUUGACAGAACAAAGCCCCACCAUGAUCCUGCAUGAUUCUAAACCAUCAACCAGCACUACCAUCAUUUUCUCUGAGGAGUCAAAAGAUGGAGAGGAUAUCUUGUCGGAGGCUUCGAGCACAACAAGUCAGGCUGGUCUCAGCCCUGAGCUUGUUACCAAAAAUGAUAUAAUAAUCGAUGCAGACACCAUCUCUGUGCCAUCUCCACUGUACCCAUCCAUUCAGACAGAGGAAGCUGGAGGUAUCAAAGCCAUUACUAUCACACCUCAUUUGGAGAUCACACAAGAACCAGAGGGUUCGGGCGUUGAUGGGGUCUCUUUUUUCACGACUACUGCUUCACACCCAUCUACAACAGCUGGACCUCCUGCCGUGGAAGCAGCGUUUAGUACUGCGGAAACUGUGACACUCUCACCGCAAGUCACCUUGGCUCCCACACAAUCUGCUGAGGCAGUGACCAGAUCGCCAGCUGAGUCACAAACUUCUGAUAAACCUUCUGACACCACAGUUUCUGGGGACCUGAUUGCAGAACAGGAAACUACCAAGAUGGCGCCACAAGACACAACUGGUGACACGAUCAAUGAAGCAGUUAGUACCUCCUCUCUAGAUUCUUUACCAUCAAUCGAAGGAACCCCACACGCACCUCUGUCAGGCGAAAGCAUUACAAUGAUUGGUUCUCCUCAGACACCUAGGGAUGAGCUGUCUGGAGAUGGAGAAGUUUUCGAAGGUUCUGCUGAGGACAUUUCCACUGUCAGUACCAGAACCACCACAAUGCCAGCUUCAUUGCCCUCCACAGAUGGAUUUACAGCUCCCACCAGUCAUACAACCCACAGAGCAUCUUCUUUGUUCAGCACAAAGAAACCAACAACUUCACCUGAAGCUGCAGCAGAAGAACAUAGAGAAUUAGCUUCAACAUCUCCUCAGAGUACAGUCUUCUCAACUGCAACUGUUAGACCUGAAAUCAUUAUAGAAAUGGAUGCCAGAACUGAGUCACCCAAGGAAGUAGCACCUGAGAGUGAAAGCAGUCCAUCGCCCAUUACAGAGGAACCUACCGGUGAGGUCCACGCUGCUUCAGAGCUUGCAACACCUUCUCAAGCUACAGUGGCUCCUAUUCUACACACCUCUGAACCUGCUGUGUUUGUUAAGUUUGUUACCACAUUUGUCCCUGAGCCAGAGACACCACAUUCAGAGGUAUCAUAUCAGCAGGCGAGGUCAGAGGUUCCUUCCACUCUGUAUCCCCAGAUUUCUUCUGAAAAAACUGCUCUCGGUACAGAAAGCCCAAUAUCCCCAGCUGUAAAGCCCAGCACCAGAACUACAUCAGGAAGUGAAGAGUUAUCUACAACUGAGCAUCCGGUCAAGACCGACGGCGCUCAUUCCACUCCAGCCCCUUCUGCGACAAGCUGGGUAGAGUUAAUGGGACCAAUCUUGGAAGUGUCAGGGACAGCAGAUAAUACAACUGAGGAGCAAGAAUCAACUGAGGAAAAGGUCACCAAAUCAACCCCAGCUGACCAUGCAUCCCAGGAACCCUCCGCAGGUGUUCGUUUUGAGCCUACACCACCACAGACAGAUGUUUUGGCUCAGUCUGCCUCCAGGUUUUCCACUCCACACUAUCUUCCUACUCCCUCUGAGUCACUGGAACAAGCAAGAUCCGAGACUGCUACCGAUCGCCCUCCCACUUUUGGUGUAUCUUUGAACACAAGUCAAAAACCAAUGGACGCAGAUGUAACCACUCCUCAAGCUGCUGACAUAUUUGAGAAAGAGGCGAUAUCCACAUCUGCUCAAGGUCUGACAACAAACCUUAGUGUUGAUCUUGAUCUGACACCUACAGCAAUCCAGACGGCAUCUCCAGAUUAUGAAGGGGAACUAGACAGUGAAACUCCAGAUUACAGCCCGUUCGACCCAAAUCUACUGGAACAUGCGCCACCUGCCAUUCGUCAGACAUCAGCCCCCACCACCACUAGCCCAGCAGAAGUGACCAAUCCCUCCCUGGUAGCCGCUAGUGUCACCAUCAUGCCCUCGACUCCCGCUCCACUUUCUGUUGAGUCUGCAAGUUCUGAAAGCUCCCAGAGUGUUUCAGCGAGCACCAGCGCCUCAGAAGAGGCUGAUCGAAGCAGUGACCUUGCUGUUCAACCGCAACAUACCACGUUCAUUUCAACAACACCAAGAAGUGACAUGAUACAAGGACAGACACAUGUUACUGAUGCAAUCCAGACCGUGUUCAAGGAGACUACGACAGCACCUUCGGUGAUGGAACCAACAAUCCGUGACGAUUCAUCUGAGAAGGAAACAGCAGUGGUGCAAGCUGGGGAAGCAAUUGUUCCCACAGAGGGACCCUCUCACGGCGGACUUGUUUCACCUAGUGGAGAACAAAUGAUGCUCCUGCCUGAUCCUGAACUUGAUCUGGGCCACACAGUUGUUGAGGAGACCGUGGAAAUUCCAGGUGUCGACUCUUGUGUGGAGAACAUUUGUCUCAACGAAGGAUCUUGCUUUAAGAGAAGUGGCAUUCCGACUUGCAGCUGUCCGCCUGGCUUUACUGGCGAUCGAUGUGAAACAGAUAUCGAUGAGUGCCAGUCCAACCCUUGUCGGAAUGGAGGCACCUGCGUUGACGGCAUUGCUUCUUUCACCUGUGUGUGUCUGCCCAGCUAUAGUGGCCUCUUUUGUGAAGAAGAUACGGAGACGUGCGAGUACGGUUGGCACAAGUUCCACGGACACUGCUACAAGUACUUCCCCAGCAGAAGAAACUGGGACACGGCAGAGAGAGAGUGCCGCAUCCAUGGCGGUCACCUGAGCAGCAUCCUCUCACACGAAGAGCAGCAGUUUGUCAACCGUCUUGGGCAGGACUACCAGUGGAUCGGCCUGAAUGAUAAGAUGUUUGACAACGACUUCCGCUGGACCGACGGCAGGCCGUUGCAAUAUGAAAACUGGAGGCCCAAUCAGCCCGACAGCUUCUUCUCCUCGGGGGAGGACUGCGUGGUGAUGAUAUGGCACGAGGAUGGCCAGUGGAAUGAUGUCCCGUGUAACUACCACCUCACCUUCACCUGCAAGAAGGGCACUGUGGCGUGCAGCCAGCCUCCUGUGGUGGAGAACGCCCGGACAUUUGGGAGGAAACAUGGAAGGUAUGAGGUCAACACCUUGGUCAGAUACCAGUGUCGCACCGGCUUCAUCCAGAAGCACAUCCCGACCAUCCGCUGUCGCAGUGAUGGACGGUGGGACGUUCCCAAGAUCACCUGCAUGAGUCCCUCCAACUACCAGCGGACCUACAUCCGAAAGCACGGGCACAGCAGUCUGUACAGCAUCAACAACUUUAGACGGUGGCCCGAGGAGGGCUUCCACUUUCAACACCGGGGCUACAGACGAAGGAGAGACAGGACUGAGAGAAGGUCUUGAUCGCCGUCUGCCGUGAUCAAAGCGGGUCACAAAGCAAGUAAAGGUUGGGAACCGCAGCAGGCACGUGAAGCUAGUCCGCGGUUUUGGAUGACGAUGGAAUCUUAUGAAGUGCCCUUAUAGCCGUCGUGGAAAGGACGUUUUCAAAUCAAAAAGACUGUUUUUCUAAUGCCAAAGUCGAACGCUUUGCACCUGGAUACUGGAAAUGCAAUGUAGAAUCUCUUGAAACAUAGAACGGUUCAUAUUUAUGGCAACUGUGCAUCAAUGAGGAUUAAGAUGAUGUUUUUUCAACCUGACAAAGCCUCCACUCGCCAGCAAACACAAGGGAAGUGUGGCUCUGUUUCUGCGUGUUCGGUGCACAACUUGCACUUAAAGUUUCAUUCAUAAACACACGCCAAAGUGCUCUCUGUUCCACUCAGCCUCUGCAUACUUCUGCACACUUACUGUCUCUGUAUUCGUCAGAUACUGAGAGAAUGUAUUUUAUGAAACACUCAAAGGACUUGAACGUAAAGGCUGAUAAUUUAUUUCACUUUGCUCUCCUUAGUUAGUGCUAUUGCGCAGGUCACUGGACAUCUGUGUAUGUCAUGUAUUCUCAUUCACUUAGAGUCACAGAGGAAAAGCGUGUGGAUGCUGCUGGACAAUAGGACUGAAACAACUUGCUACACCAAUGCCAGAUGAGGACCAAAGACAAGUGAGGGCCCAAACGGCUGCAAACAUUUUAUCCAGUAACCUUUAUGUGAAAGCAGCGUUUUCUACAACGCAACAAUUUUAAUGUCCACCUGUGAAUGUCUUGAUGUGUGUGUUUCAGCCUUUAAUGUGCACAUAAUAUCUUUUAUAUAUUUAUAACAUAAUUCUUAUUUUACAAUGUGAA